UUCCUUAAGAAUGGAUAGGUUUGAUCUUCUUGCAGUCCAUGGGACUCUCAAGAGUCUCCUCCAGCACCAUAAUUCAAAAGCAUCAAUUCUUCGGCGAUCAGCCUUCUUUAUGGUCCAGCUCUCACUUCCAUACAUCACUACAGUACUGGGAAAACCAUAGCUUUAACUAUACGGACCUUUGUCGGCAAGGUGAUGUCUCUGCUUUUUAAGAUGCUGUCUAGGUUUGUCAUUGCUUUUCUCCCAAGAAGCAGGCGUCUUUUAAUUUCGUGACUGCUGUCACCAUAUAAGCUAGGAACCAAAUAGCUUCUUAAACCAAGGUCACGGUCAACAAAAUGGAAUGUCUAGUAGCCAUUGGGGGGCAAGAUGGCUCUAAAAGCAGGCACCCCCAAACUUCCGCCCUCCAGAUGUUUUGGACUACAAUUCCCAUCUUCCCCAACCACUGGUCCUGUUAGCUAGGGAUCAUGGGAGUUGUAGGCCAAAACAUCUGGAGGGCCGCAGUUUGGGGAUGCCUGCUCUGAAGUCUUAUUUUUCAAAUGAUUGACUGACUGUGAUUGAUUCGCAGUUGAAUAUCUGGCUAGUUUAGAUGAUAGACUUGAGCUAGGUUAGAACUUUGGAAGCUCAAAGAAGAAAAGCCAGUUGAUCCUGUCCACAUAUCUAUUGGCCUAUUAUUCUAACCUCUUUUCUUUUUUAAUGGUGACACAGACCAUUCAUAAUGUAGGGAUAUUCUUCACAACUGUGAGCAGGGCAGUGAGGUAGAGUAAAUGAAGACAAGCUACAACAAUUAACGAUAAUGUUCUUCACUGUUCCUGCUUAGGCUGCACAGGAAAAGCAUUUUGGGUUCCUGUGUGGAGAAGGGCUUUCUUUCACGCAUUGGCGUUGUACUGCAUAUUAAAGUCUUACUUCAUAGACCUAUAAAUGCAACACAUGUGCUGAAUCACCAGGGAGUUUUCGCCUUUUCAAAGAAGCAGGUGUGUAGAGUUUUAAGUGGCUUGCUGUACUAGAAUUUAAACUAGGCCGACAAUAAAUGAAAUAAAAAAUAAACUUGCAAGGGAAUCAAGUUCUCUGUAUUUGCAAACAUCCCCACAGAGAGAUGUGCCUUGGAAGUGUACCGUAGCUGGGAUAGAUCUUUAUAGUGAUGUUUGAUUGAGUAAAUGAGCUGGGAAUUCCGUAUAAACAACAUCAGCAUCUUCAUGAAUUUAAAAGGUAAAGGACCCCUGACAGUUAAGUCCAGUCGCAAACGACUCUGGGGUUGCAGCGCUCAUCUCGCUUUACAGGCCGAGGGAGCCGGCGUUUGUCCACAGACAGUUUUUAUGGGUCAUGUGGCCAGCAUGACUAAUCCACUUCUGGUCCAACGGAACACCGAAACCAGAGCAGCGCACGGAAACGCCGUUUACCUUGCUGCCGGAGCGGUACCUGUUUAUCUACUUGCACUUUUUGGCGUGCUUUCGAACUGCUAGGUUGGCAGGAGCUGGGACUGAGCAACGGGAGCUUACCCCGUUGCGGGGAUUCGAACCGCCGACCUUCUGAUCAGCAAGCCCAAGAGGCUCAGUGGUUUAGACCAUAUGAAUUUAGGACAGAGGAAAAAACUGGGAGGUCUUGGAUUAAUACCUCAAGAGGUGCAAACUGUUUGAAAAUAUCUAUAUAUAUUGCUACCUUUUGGUGUCUGCCUCCCUGAAAGUUUAAAUUCUGAAAGAUGCCACGGGAGUUUUCCAAAAUAAAUCACUGUGUUGUGGUUCUGUCAGCCAAACAACAGCUUUCAAACAGGUCGAUCUGCUUCUGUCAGCUUGUCUUUCCUCUGUGUGUGUUCAGAAGAAGAAAUCCUGACUUUGCAGUGCCGGAGACGAGCAAGCCUGUUGCGUGAUCUCUUUUUGACAGACCCGCCCAAGCUUGGCCCAUUUAGUACAGGGUGGAGAGAGAGAGAGAGAGAGAGAGAGAGAGAGAGAGAGAGAGAGAGAGAGAGAGAGAGAGAGAGAGAGAGAAAGAAAGUGAAUGUGUAUGCUGGACAGAAUCGAUUGCAUUUGGAAGACAGGAACUAUUAUAUUUUCCCUUUGGCAAUCAUUUCUGCAUAGGUUUGAAGAAUUCCUGCUUACUUUGGCGCCAAAUUCUUACAGCGAGCUACAAGUACUCCCCAUCUGUUUGCAUGUAUUUUCACUUGCUGCUAUUCAGCAAGGCUUGGUUCUCCUCGUGGUUUUGUCUUUCCUGCUCCUCUUUGGCAACUGCUUUGGGGCUUUUUUUACAAUACCUAAGUUGAUCAAAGAUUGUUCUGCCUAUUUAUAAAAGGCAGAAGUCUUAACUGGGAGCGAUGAUGUAUCAGAAAGUCUCAAAACACAAUUGGGAAAGGCUGGAGGUGUCUGUGCAGGGACUGAUAAAGAAGCCGUGCCCAGUGACAUGAUAAUUUUGUCUUUGUCCUCCACCUCUUACUCCAUCUCGUGCUCCAUCAUAUGGACGGUUUAUUUUAUUGUAGUAUUUGAAUUUAUUGCACGGUCUAUGUGGCUAGGCGCCGAGACCUAAAUUGGGAACGGUGCAUGUAACGUUUUGUUUGAAUCUCAAAGGCAGGGGUUUGUUCAGCCUGUUAGCCAGCUGAAGCUCGUGAGUUAGUAAACAUUUGCUUUUCCCUUCCUUUUUUUUAUGACGGCAUAUGGAAGCUGUUCCUAUCUAGAGGCCUGCCAGAACGGCUUCCAACACUCAGAUGAAUGGAGAUGCUUGCAUCCCUCAACUAUCAUUCCGCAGGCCUGGCAUGGAGGCAACUAUGACUUGGUCAGCGACACGUCCAGCCCAGCCGCUGGGGACUGCCACCCUCGACCGAGCUGCGGAGGACAAAAUUGGGAAAUGAACUACCAGGAGUCGGCAAUUUACCUCCAGGAAGGAGAAAACAACGACAAAUUCUUCACGCACCCCAAGGAUGCCAAAGCGCUCUCUGCCUACCUCUUUGUACACAACCAUCCCUUCUACCUAAUGGAGCUGACCACAGCGUUGAUGCUCUUGAUGCUUUCCCUCUGUGAGGCGCCUGCGGUCCCUAUGCUUCGCCUCGGCAUCUAUAUCCACGCGACCUUGGAGCUGCUUGCCCUGACUGUCGUGGUGUUUGAGCUCUCUAUGAAGAUGAGAUGGCUGGGCCUGCACACCUACAUUCGACACAAAAGGACCAUGGUCAAGAGCUGUGUUCUAUUGCUGCAGUUUAUAGAGGCAAUCGUGGUGUUGGUGCGUCAGACAUCCCAUGUCCGGAUCACGAGGGCCUUGAGAUGCAUCUUUCUAGUGGACUGCCGCUACUGUGGAGCUGUCAGAAGGAACCUGCGGCAAAUUUUCCAGUCUCUUCCUCCAUUCAUUGACAUCCUCUUGCUGCUGCUUUUCUUCAUGGUCAUCUUUGCUAUCCUUGGCUUUUAUUUGUUCUCUCCUAACAAGUCUGAUCCUUAUUUCAGCACCUUAGAGAACAGCCUUGUGAAUCUUUUCGUUCUACUGACUACAGCGAAUUUCCCAGAUGUGAUGAUGCCCUCUUAUGCCAGAAGCUCCUGGUCCUGUGUCUUUUUUAUUGUGUAUCUUUCCAUUGAGCUGUACUUCAUUAUGAAUUUGCUACUUGCCGUGGUGUUUGAUACUUUCAAUGAUAUCGAAAAGAAGAAGUUCAGAUCACUGCUGCUUCACAAGCGCACAGCCAUACAACACGCCUACCAGCUGCUUGUCAGCAAACAGAGACCCUCUGGAAUCUCCUUCAAGCAGUUUGAUGGGCUGAUGCGGUUUUAUAAACCUCGGAUGAGCGCUCGAGACCGUUACCUUACCUUCAAAGCACUGAAUCAAAGCAAUACCCCUUUAGUCAGUCUAAAGGAUAUGUACAAUUUCUAUGAAGUUGUUGGUUUAAAAUGGAAGGCUAAAAGGAACCGGGAGCAUUGGUUUGAUGAUCUUCCACGGACAGCGUUCCUUAUUUUUAAAGGCAUUAAUAUACUUGUGAAUUCCCGGGCCUUCCAGUAUGCCAUGUAUACUCUGUUGGCAGUGAACGGCCUCUGGAUCCUAGUGGAAACCUUUAUGUUGCGAGAUGGGAUCUUCUCACGAGAUGUCCCUUGGAGUUACAUUGUCUUCCUUACAAUCUAUGGGGUCGAAGUGCUCCUGAAGAUCACUGGAUUGGGGCCUGUUGAAUACCUGUCAUCUGGCUGGAACCUCUUUGAUUUCUCUGUCACCUUGUUUGCAUUCUUGGGUCUCCUGGCACUGGCGUUAAACAUGGAGCCGUUCUACUUCAUUGUAGUCCUGCGGCCUCUGCAGUUAUUGAGGCUGUUUAAGCUGAAGAAACGCUACCGGAAUGUCUUGGAUACCAUGUUUGAGCUGUUCCCCAGAAUGGCCAGCCUAGGUUUAACAUUGCUCAUCUUCUAUUACUGUUUCGCCAUCAUUGGCAUGGAGUUCUUCUCAGGAAAGCUCUUCCCAAAUUGCUGCAACACCAGCACGGUGGCAGAUUCCUAUCGCUGGGUCAACCACACCGUGGGAAACAGGACGGUGAUGGAAGAAGGCUACUACUAUCUCAACAACUUCGACAAUGUUUUGAACAGUUUUGUUACCCUGUUUGAGUUAACAGUCGUCAAUGACUGGUACAUCAUCAUGGAAGGGGUGACAUCAGAGACUUCGCACUGGAGCCGCCUCUAUUUCAUGAUUUUCUAUAUUGUGACCAUGGUGGUGAUGACAAUAAUUGUAGCCUUUAUAUUGGAGGCGUUCGUGUUCCGUAUGAACUAUAGCCGGAAGAACCAAGAUUCAGGAGAAGACAUGGGCAUUGUUUUCGAGAGAGAAGUCUCUAAGGAAGAACUGACAGCUGUCGCAGAGCUAUAUGGAAGGAACUGCAUUGCAUCGGCUGCCAGCCAGCUGCUCAAGGUCAUUUCCCAGAUGGACAGGCACAGGCAAACGUCCAUGCUGUUCCUGGGGCGGCGGUCAAGGACCAAAAGCGAUUUAAGCAUGAGAAUGUAUGAGGAAGAGAUACAGGAGUGGUAUGAGGAGCACUCCAGGAAAGAAGAGAGGCAGUUUCCCUGGCAGGAAGACGACCAGCCGCUCCAUCAGCCCUUGCCGUUUCCAGGCCUCCGCCAGCGCUCUCAGACCAUUAACUAAGCCCAGCUCACCUAAGCUGCUGCUUUGUCUGCUGUGCAUUAACCGCCCCGUUUACUUACUUUGCAAAGUACGUCUCAAAUUAAUGCAUAGCGUAGUCUGGCAGAAGGAGGUCUCCUGGCACUCUUGUGUAACAAGUGUUUCGGCUCUCCCUUUUGCAAAAGCUCAUCCCUGUCUUUAAGGCAUAACCAGAGUACUGCAAGGUGGCUGGGCAUUAUGCAAGGGACGGGGGGCUGGUUAACAGGGUAGCCAUACUUCUGGGAUUUGUCUAGUGUAAAGCAGCCAGGGGUUGAUUGGGCUAUCUUUCCCCAGUACAGCUGGAUAAAAUGGUCAGCUGGAGUUAUACAAUCAGGCUGCUUAUACAAUCAGGCUGCAUCAGCAGUUCCAUCAGCAGAAAAAAACAAAACACCACAAUUUACUGCCACAGUUUGCCUGUCUGUAACUCUAGCUAGGCUGCCCAGUUUUCAGCAGGACUGCCCUUUUGAGGUUCAGUUCUGUCCUCAUCAUCUCCAUAAUGGUUCAAUAAGCUGCUGUGGCUCUACAGCAUUUUCC